CAGACACUGGUCGGGAAGGCCGUGUGUUUUAUUUUGAAAGCUCAGUGUGGAUCGCCGGUGCUGGGCUGCGUGUGGGACAUCUUGUGUCUCCGCCACUUGGAGUGCUGCUGUUAGAACGCACAUCCUUCAGCUGUAGCAGCGUGAUCACUCCACCCACACUUCAAGAGCAUGUUUUCAGCUCCGGGCCACUGUCUCGUAGCUCCUCGGCUACUUAGUUAGCUCCGUUAGCCUCUAAUGUCAGCACCCGGCAGCGGCAGCUCGGGCCUGGAAUGCCUCGGAGAAAGAAAAACGGCCAAAGCCCGGCCAGAGUCCCCGGAGGACCGUCAGAGGGGGGGAGCCUCGGCAACAGCAACGCGGGAUAUUACCAACUCCCUCUGGGGUACGACGGCACCAUGGCGAACAACUUUUCUUCCGGUGACUCGCUGCCAGGCUCCACCAUCAAGGAGCAGAUCGUCAAAAACAUGCAGGAUAUGUUUUCAUACCUGGACCCAGAGGUGAUCUACAUCGUGCUGUCCGAGUGCGACUUUAAAGUUGAAAAUGCAAUGGACUCCCUCUUGGAGCUGUCUGUGGCUGCUGAAGGUGCAGCCCCUUUUCCUCCUCCUGUCUCUGGCUUUGAGCGCACUGCUGCAGCCCUGCUCAGGCCCCAACACUUUCCUCAACCUGGACCAGACCCGGACUCCUCCAAACCACCACAGCAGCCUUACUCUCCUCCCUCAGCCAACCUCCUGACUGAGGAGCUGGAUCUACUACUUGAUCAGGAGCUAGAGACACUGACUGCAAAGUCCACUGAUGUACCUCUUUCCUCCUUCCCUCCACCACCGAUUCCACAGCAGCCCCUCCCUGAGCUGCUUCAGUCCAGCCUAAAGUCUAGAUCCAGAGGGCCCUCUUCCGAGCAGCCCUGCACAGAGGGAGGAUUGGAGGAGCGGGUGUCUGCUUCGCCACUCGACCAGCUCAGCUCUUGGGAUGUGGAGACCAUGGAGGGGCAGCAGUCAACAGCAGUGGUGGAUUUCAAACAUCUGUUGACAGAAACACCUUUGGACAAGCUGAAACCUCCUUUAGACCUGGCAGCUUCAGGACGUCCAUCAGCUUUCCAGGUGUAUAAAAAACAAGAGCCGUCACAUGGUCUGUCCGAGAGGGCAGGGAUCCCCCCCUCUGAUGUUGUAGUUGGAGGAGCAAGAUCUAAGGUGAACAUGUUUAAUCGGGAGCCACUCAGCUACAUGUCAUCACCUUGGAACCCGGAGGCACCAGUGUUUUCUCCCCAUAUUCAUAGUAACCAGGGCCCAACUUUCAUCACUCCUGUGGCUCAAACAUCCUCCACAUGGCCCAGUCAAACUAGGCAUGCCUCUCCGUGGCUGAGUCAUGCUUCUGUCAGUCAAGCACCUCUCAAACCUUCAGCAACUAUUCCAAAGUCCUGGGCCCUGCCUGCUGCUCCACAGCUCCCUGCCCAGCACGGUCGACUUCGUUUGGAAGGGAAGGUGCUCGUGCUGCUACGUGGUGCUCCAGGAUCUGGCAAGUCAACUUUGGCAAGAGGCUUGUUAGAGCAUAACCCUGGUGGAGCUAUACUGACCACUGACGACUUCUUCACCCGCCUUGGAGGAUAUAACUUUGACCCCACUGCUCUGGGGGAGGCCCAUGAGUGGAAUCACAAACGAGCUAAAGAAGCUUUUGAGAGGGGCACUAACCCCAUCAUCAUCGACAAUACCAACAUGCAGGGCUGGGAAAUGAGACCCUACGUUGUUCAGGCACUGAGACAUGGAUAUAAAGUGCUGUUCCGAGAGCCGGACACUUGGUGGAAGACCAAACCCAGAGAACUGGAGAGGCGCACUACACAUAAUGUGUCAGUGGAAACAAUCCGCCGCAUGCUCAACGGAUAUGAGCGCUUCGUUACAGUCCAUUCUAUUAUGGGUUCACACAUGCCUGAGUGGAAAGAGCGCCUCCUUCUGGAGAACAAAAGCUCACAGCCGUUGUCUGCUGAAACAAAUUGUCCUGAUCUGGUCGGGAAACCUGGAUUAACUGACGAGUGUAAGAAAUCCCGCUCUCAGCUGUUUUCCUCUCUCCCCGAUGUGUCAUCUAUUGGUCGUUCUAGCGAGGGGGGAAAACUGGAAGAUAGCAGCCACAAAUCUACUGAGUCCCUCAAUUUCCAGCCUGCUGGAAAACCUACAGAAAACCCCAAAAUGGAUGAUGACUUGGAUUUGGGGGAAUUAGAUUCUGAGCUGGAUGCUCAGUCACAGCUAAAUAAUUCAACAGCAGAUCAGAGAAUUCCCGACUGUAUUGUGGAAUCAGUGAUGAAUGAAGAUCACAGAGGGGAUGAAAUACCUGUGGCUUUCUCUGAGUCUAUUGGACAGAGGGUGCGGAGAGAAAGGCCGAGCAGGAGGUCUGAGUUUGACAGGAUGGAGCCUGCAGAUCUGGUGAAAGAUACUAACCAAUCAGAGAGUGAGGCAAAGGAAGAGGAGGCAGGAGGAGUUGAUAUUGGGAGGGAUGAGGAAGCGAAGGGAAUGCCUAAAAUGUUGGAUUUUGUAGGCGACUGGCCUUCUGAAGGAUCCCUUGAACAGCGACAAAUGAGGAGGAGAGAAAGGCUUAUAGAACAAAAUGAGAAGGACAAAGAUGAAGGUGUGCCUCAAGAGGUUGAUGAAAAUCAAAUAAAAGUUCAACCUGGACCUGAUAUAACAGAGUUUCAGAAGGUUCUUGAUCUUCUGCAGACAGGUGAUGCCGUUCAGAUCAGCUCUUCCCAUUCUUCCUCCCUUUCUUUGAGCUCUGAAGAGGAACUACUGAAAGAGUCGGAGGCAAGUGGAAGUGAAGAAAAGGAGCAAAACAUGAACAGUAGGGGUGAACUGCCUGACUGUGUGUUAGCCUGGAAGGCAGCUGAUUCUUCUAGUGUCAGGAAAUCCAACACUGAUAAAAGGGAGGAACUUGAACCUGGAAAGGAAGCAAGUAGUUCAGCAGGAGGGAGUAAUGACGCUACACAUCCUCCCUCAGCUGUCACUGCCGAUUCACUAGUCAUCUCCAAAACUGCACAGACGAGUAUAUGCCAGGAGGAAGUAGGAAGCCACAAUACUGAAGGUGAUGUUGUUACAGAGCCUGGAGAUAUGGACACUAACUGCGACACAAGGGAUGGUAGAGAGACUGGAUCUGAAGCCGAUGGCAGCCAUAUUAGCGAGGUGUGUCAGAGUCUGAUGUGCGAGGGCUCUGUGGAAGCAGAAGGCACUACUUUAAGCGGAGGCAGUCAGGAGAGGAAGCAGCGUCAGGGUCGCAGGUCGGUGAAGCAGUGCAAGCUCGCCCUCACCUUCACUCAAAACUGUCCUGGGUCUUUGUUGAAUACUCCUGAGUCCCCCAAUACCCCAGCUCAAAUUAUACACAGUAGUCAGAGUAUUAUAGACACAGAUGUCAAUCCUAGUUUAAAUCCCAACUUCGACACCAGCCUUAAACUUAAACCAAACGUUGACCCAUGCACUGAGUCCAGAUCUGAGGCACAACCUUCCCCUCCUCUUUCUCCAGUAAACAGUGGCUGCUUCUCUCAGACUGAACCUCAAGACUUUGCCCUUAUGUGGCGUCUCAAUCGUCAAGACAGCCCUGACGAUGCAGUCCUCGCCGCAUGCAACCACCUCAAAGUCCUCUAUGGUGACUCGUAUCGCUUUGUGCCGGAGCAGUCCCCUGCAGCUGUUUCAGUUCAACCCUUCGGCCAGGAAGAGGUACUCUACCGUGUGGUGCAUGAGAAAGGCACACAAGUGGAGGAGAAGGAGCUUGGAGGAACUCAAGAUCGACUUGAGAGCUUAUGCAUCCUAAGCCGUCAUUUUAAAUUAGUUAGUUUUGAUACAUUAGAAGAUCUUUAUGACAAAUGCCAUCAGGACCUUGAGUGGACUACGAACCUUCUGCUAGACUCUGGAGAGAGGUUCUUUAAAGAGGAGGAGGGGCAGGAGGAUGGUGCAUGGGGUGAAGAUUACCAGAACACGUCUGCUGUGUGUGGAGGUUUAGGCGACAUAGAAACCAUGUUUUGUCCUAAUGUCUUAGAUGAGCGCCUCCCUGAAGAUCUGUCAAAGGAAAGAGAAGCUGGGUUUGAGGAGGGGGCUCAGCAGUCAACAUGUGGGACUGUUAGUGAUUCAAAUGAGAACAUCACUAACACUGAAUUAUUAAGUUUUGAAAGUGUAGCUGCUCCGGUUAGAAACGAAAAUCAAACUGAUACAACCUCAUACUCUGAAAAACAUUCUGAGAGAGAACUUGUUCUGCAUAAAGCCACGAGAGAGAUUGACAACACUGAACACGAAUUGAUCUCAAUACCUGAUCAAGAAGGUGGUGCUUGGGGUUGGGGCUCAGAUGAUGGCGUAAUAAUUGAAGAGUCAAGGACCGUGAUUGAGGAUGAGAUCGCCAGCAUGGACGAGGUUCACCGGCUGCUGCAGGCUGAGCUAGAGGAGAUGGAGAGAGAGGAAAAGUGGAGGAAGGAGGAAAGUACAGAAAGGAGGCACGUGGAGGAGAGAAGGACGGGACAUCUGGACAUUCAAAGUGUGGAGCUGAAACUACCCACCGAGGUGGCCCUACAGCUCAAUGAACUGUUUGGUCCUGUGGGCUUAGAUCCAGAAACAUGCUCUACUGAUGACUAUACAGUGCAGAUGGACCUGAAUCUGGCUAAACUGCUCCACCAGAAGUGGAAGGAAACAAUCCAGGAAAAGCAGAGACAAGCAACUCUUUCAUUCCACUUGCUUCAGGAAAGUUCAGUACACUGUCGUGAAUCACAGGUGGCCGAACCAGGGCAACAAGAACGAACACACGGAGGACAUUUCCUCCCCAAUGCUGAUGGAUACACAUCACUGAACAAUCAAUCAGAGUCCCGUGGUCAGAUGCCGUUCAUGGACCACUGGAACGUGUCCCGUCCACAUGUCUCUCUCAGAGAUAUCAUUAAAGAGGAGCAGGCUUUGCAGGAGAAUGUGAAGAAGACCAGACAAAGUCGUUCAGACCUUGACCGGCGUGAUGGCGCCACCUUGUUGAAAGAGAACAAACUGUUCUCCCUCUUCCCUGCCAUUGACAGGCAUUUCCUCCUGGUUCUCUUCAGAGACCACAAUUACAGCCUGACACAGACUGAGCUGUUUCUUCGCUCUCUACUGGACGAAGGACCCGUCAAGACAGUUGUCGCCCCAGAGGCUCCUCGCUCUGACCUCCACAGAGCAGCCAGCAAGGAGAGGGAAAAGAGGCAAAAGCCCCUGCAGUCGACCGUGCCUGACUAUCAGGAUGUGGAGGACCCAGAAUAUGACGACUUCAGGGCUGAGGCCAGUCUGCAGAGAAGCCGACAGCUCGAGAGUUUCGCCAAGGCCGCAGAGGCCUACAAGCAAGGACGCAGAGAAGUGGCUUCGUUUUACGCACAGCAGGGACACAUGCAUGGCCAGCGGAUGCGUGAGGCCAAUCACCGUGCAGCGGUUCAGAUUUUUGAGAGGGUCAACUCGACGCUGCUUCCCCGGAACAUCCUGGACCUCCAUGGGCUGCAUGUAGACGAGGCCCUGGAGCAUCUGGCCCAGGUCUUACUUGACAAAACCACAGAGAGCGAGCAGGGUCUGUGUCGACCUCAGCUCUCUGUUAUCACAGGAAGAGGGAACCACAGCCAGGGGGGCGUGGCCCGCAUCCGCCCCGCCGUUAUAGACUACCUAACGAGCAAACACUACAGGUUCACGGAGCCAAAGCCAGGUCUCAUGUUGGUCUCUUUGAAGUGAAAAGACUCUGGUUUAUUGGAUUUGGUCUGAAGCUGCUAUGAAGGAAGACACACACACACACACACACACACACACACACACACACACACACACAAUCCACAUAUACAAUUAUUACAUUCUAUACAGUAUGAUAUUCUCAGCCUCCUUGUUUCUCUGGUCUCAUACCAUUUUACAGUCCUCCACCAGUCAUGUAGCCACCAGAAGUUUUAUUUAAUCAUUUGAGUAGAUUAUUUCUUACUUAACAUAAAUUCAGAUUUUAAUAAGAAUAUAUUUUUCUUGUGUGUGUAUAAAACAGAGCUGUCUUGGUGUGAUAAGUGACAAAUAAGGUAUUUAUAUGCAUCUGUGAAGCCAGAUUGUAUGUACCAUAUAUUUUAUAUUUAAAAUGUUUUACAGUGUGGUGUAUUUACUUUAUGCCUUUUAGAGAAUGCUUAAAAAGAAAAAGGUGUUAAGAAUGCUCCAUUCUCGAUAAGGCCUUGUUUCAUGUUUGAUAAUGAAAGUAUUUUAUGAAGAUUCAUAUGAGUCAUGAAUCAUGAGUCAUGGUUCCUUACUGUCUGGUCGGAGGUUGUUCUCUAGGUUUUUAACUAAUAUGGUAUUUUUGAAAAAGUUUAAACUUUGCAUUGAGUACCAGCCAAUCAUGUAUCGUCAUCUUGGAAGUUCUGACAAAGACAUGACUCAAUUUUUAUUUCCUCUUGGUUGUAGCUUUUUCUCUGCGUGUUGCUCAACACUACAUGAGUUUUUCAGAUGAUCAAACUCCAUAUAUAGUUUUGAACCUAAAAUAGUUGGAACCUUGGUUGUACAUUCUGUAGCAGUCACCAACUCUCCUUUGUCUUAGCAGCUGCUUCUGGGACAUGCAUUUACCUAUAGUAUAAGACCAAGCUGCUAAUAUGUUGAUUAUUAAACUCAGGGAAUGAAUUUUCUUCUCCUUCGAUGCCAGUCUGUCAUUUCCAGCCUGUUCCCUGUAGCUUUGUCUUAAAAACACAUGCCUGUGUGACGACAAUAUUGACAGAUUUUACUGGUUGUACAUAAUAUUGUGAUGACAUGAAUGAUAAAGAGAAGAUUGUAUUUUUGUAUCAAUCAUAUUUGUUCAAAUGGUUUUACAGAGAAUAUUGUUCUGUGGAAUAAA